AUGGAAACGCCGAAGACUUCUCUGAUCCCGAGCUUCCUCUAUUCCUCUUCCACAUCUCCGAGAUCUCUUCUGAGCUCCAACUCCAACGCCGCGUUCACAUCCACCAAUCUCGAGAAGUCUCCUUCUCCGGCCACGACGAUGGUGUCUCGGAAGAGUUUCCUUAUUGCUCCUCCCACGGAGCCAGGGAAGGCGAUCGAGAUGUACUCGCCUGCCUUCUACGCCGCGUGUACCUUCGGUGGAGUUCUCAGCUGUGGUCUGACUCAUAUGGCUGUUACUCCUCUCGAUCUCGUCAAGUGCAAUAUGCAGGUUAAUUUGGACAGAGUGCUCACGGACGUACCUGUUGUGUCACAGAGAAAGAAGUGUCCUGUUGUGUGA